CACACUUAUGAAUGUGAAUGGGUUAAUAAUAAAAAUGAAGCAGCCUUCACCAGUAACCGUAAAGCCAUAAAGAUGAACAUUUUUGUCUUUGUGGCCUGUGUUGAAAUUUUGAUUCGGAGACUGGUAUGGUUGCGAGGUUUCAAACGUUUCGAUUGUGAUUGCGUUUGAUGAUCCGGCGCGCGCACCGCGAUCUCAAGAAUAUAUAGCGGAGGGCAUCGGACCGACGUGUGUAGUUUGCCAUGGGCUCCUGUGUUGUGAUAUUGUUGCUGUUCUUGUACCAUGGACUGGCGUUUCCACAGUUAUCACCGCUGUUGUACGUAGAAGAUGUCGAGGUGGUCUACUUCAAGAGAAUGUACUUCAGUGCUGCCAGCUCCAGUGAAGAAGCCCUGUCCAUGGAUUAUGACGAUAAUGAUUCAGAAUUACAUUACAAGUUCACAGCAUUUGGCAGGACAGUAUCCCUGAGGCUACAUCCCAACAAGAAUCUGUUAGCGCCUAACUUCAGAAUAUACAAACAGACAGAUGUCAACUGGGUAGAGCCGUUGUUGCUCCCUGCCAGCAACUGCCACUACUUGCAGCAUAAGGGAGGCAUUGUGGCUGCACUCAGUGAUUGUCAUCACCCCAACUCUCUGCAUGGAUUUGUGCUCUUGGACAACUCUACUUUAGAGGUACAACCUGUAAUGACUGAAGCACUUACCAGUACAGACGAUGGUGCACCACACAUAGUGAGAAGGGUACCGAUCCCCCACAGUGGUGCAGUGCCUGAGCUGUGGCUGCAAGACUCACUCAGUGAUGUAGCAGAGAUUGAGGCUGCAGUAGAGAACCGAUCAACUCGUGCAACUAAAAAUCCAACAAUUGAGUUGGCUCUCUUCUUUGACGCUGCCGGGUACCAGCUCUUUAAACCAUAUUUCAGUGGUGAUGAUGCCAAACUACGGGACAUGUUGCUGGCCUACAUGAAUGGGGUCCAGGCACUGUACCACCAUCCCAGUCUAGGCCAGUCAAUUGACUUGACUUUGAUACGACUGGAUCUGAUGUCCCACCAGCCCAGAGACCUCCCUCACUAUGAUGGGGAACGGGGAAAACUAUUGGACUCUUUCUGCGACUACAAUGCGCGCAAUAAUCCUACUGGGGACUCAAAUCCAGAUCACUGGGACAUGGGGCUCUAUGUAUCUGGGUUAGACUUCUUUGCAUAUGAGAAUGGACAGAGAAGUGGAGUAACAAUGGGUCUUGCCACAGUAGGAGGUGUCUGUCAGGACAAGUAUGCAUGUGUGAUUGCAGAACUGGGCACAACCAAUGUAUUUGGGAAGCCUUACCCAUCCGCAGGUUUCACAUCUGUAUACAUCCUUGCACAUGAAAUAGGACACAAUUUAGGGAUGCAUCAUGACAGCAGCCAGAACAAUUGCCCCAAGGAUGGCUAUGUAAUGUCUCCAUCUCGUGGCACCAGUGGUGAGACAGUGUGGUCCACUUGCAGUGCUGAUGUUGUUAGGAAGCUGAGUUGGGCCACUUGUCUGAAUGAUGCCCCUACCAAGACUCGACCAGACAUGGACCAUGCGACCCGGUUUCAGGAUGAGCCUGGGCAGAGUUGGGGUGCGAAGCGGCAGUGUGAGGUGCUGCUGCACAAACUGCAGGAAAUCUGCCAGAACCUCAAAUGCAAGACACCACAUCGCUCAGGCUUCUACUUUGCAGGACCUGCACUAGAGGGAACCGCAUGUGGCAAAAAUAAAAGGUGCCAGGGUGGAGACUGUAUGCCAGUAAAGAAAAAGAAACCUCCUGUAAAGGUGGUACCAGGUGGCUGGAGUGAGUGGCGACUGGGCUCCUGCUCCUCAGGGUGCAUCACUAAGGCACAGGGUUACCAGCAGAGACAGCGUACCUGUGACAAUCCAAAGCCAGUCAAUACAGAAGAAGGCUGCGAGGGAUCGAGUUUUGAUGUGGUGCUGUGUAAGGCUAAGAAGGUUUGCAAGAAACAAAUCUCUGUUGUUGACUUUGCUACAAUAGCCUGUGCUAACUUCAGCAAACUGCUUCCAGAAUUGGACCCAAAAGGCUCUGGACUACAGGCUCCACAUGAGAACUCUCGCCUGUGGAUGGGGUGUGCCAUCUUCUGUCGACGUAAGGACACAGGUUCCUACUACACACCACGUCUUGACCUCAAUGACCUAGGCGUGAACCCAUACUUCCCUGAUGGCACAUGGUGUCACAAUGAUGGCGCUUCAAACUACUACUGUGUGCAACAUCAUUGUUUGCCCGAGAACUUCUGGCUUGGCAGGGGUCUGCCACACUUGUUUGGCAAUGAAGAUGUACCACUACCACAGAAUGCACCACCUCGUCUUGUGCCACUCUCAGGCGACUUACUGCGCUAUCUCAGUCUUGGAACAAAUGGUCUUCCACUGCUAACCACACUUAAACCUGGGUCCACAUCACCACCUGCUGAAGAGGAGUGGACUGACCAUGACUAUGUGGAUCUUCCAUCUCAUUAGAGUGAUGCACAUGUUUUGACUGUGUUGCAUUCCUGUUCCCCUCACUCAUCAUGCUCCUUCAAAGUGUUCCACUGUAUCAGUUCCAUUCAUAGUUUUUCAAUCUUCCUUGCAGAAUUUUUUGAAUGCUAAAUGAAGCCACAUUUCCUACUGGGACUGUCACCAUCAGUUGGACUUGCUACCAAGAUAUAUUUGUUCAGUCAUUAAAUAAAACAUAAAUUGUUGCAGAACAUA